GCGAGUCAGCGGGCAGAUGCGGUGCCAUUAAAGUCCAAGUUAGAUAGAUGAAAGUGCCGUCACCACGGACCGAAAAAUGCUGUUGUCCAGUAACACGCCACAUGAACAUGGUCGAACCUUCCAGAAUGGACCAGUAAGUACCCUGGACUGCGAUAUAAAGCCUGGACGUGGGUCUGUGAGUAAAUAUCAACCCAUCACCUCUCACCACAAAUAUGACUAUCAGGAUCGGCGGUCUCUUCAAUCUUUCCGUAUCUGGGUCUGCUACCAGUGAAGGUUCAGAGAGCUUAGAGAGUCGUAGCUCUGGAACUUUGAGUCUUCUGAGCUCCAGGUUCAACUUUCGCGAAAAUGAAGGCCAGAACAUGGUCACGGCUAGCAUGGCGGCGCCGGGCAUGACGGCUGAGGACGUCCAGGUCAACGUGCGAGACGGCCAAUUGACUGUCUCCAGCGAGCGCACCCAUUCUUUGGAGGAACAGGGAGAGAACUAUUCCAUUAGCAAAAGGUCGUACAAGAAGUUCUCACAGACGCUGAGUAUCCCCGAGGGUAUCAAAGAAGACGAAAUCAAAACUACCGUGGAGAACGGUAUGUUGACAGUGACGUUCCCAAAGCCGCCGGCAGAUGGUCAGUCUGGUACCAAGAGCAUCACGGCUUCUUGAAGAUAAAAUCGGGCUAUGAUGCUUCGUGGGCUUCAAUGCCGGUGGUUGGAUAAGGAUUCGGGAGGAUUGUAUUUGAUUGUAUUGUAAUAUUACGUUGAUUGUA